CAGAUAAUAUUUGUACCCAUACUUCUAUGGAAAAUAUCGACAAGUAUCAUGUAGUCAAGCAGAUAUAACAUGAACUAGCAGUAGGAUAAAAUAAUAAAACAAUAUUAUUGUAACAAAUAGAGUAUGGGCUGUUUUGGUAAGCAGAAGCUUUAUAAAACAUUUAAAAAAACAGCCAGACAUACAGCUCAAAAGCCUGUCUAACGAAAAUAUUUAAAACUUAAAAUAAAUAUAAUCGAAACAAGGUACAUAUAUCAUUUAAAAGAAAGAGAAAAAAACGUCGACGUACUAGAAUUCCAUAUACAUUACUCGAAAAAAAGAGCACAAUCUAAACUGUCGGCAAAUAUGACACGGAAUAAAUACCAGAUUAAAUCGGUUUAUGAAGCAUAAGCAGAGUUCAGCACCCGCCCCCAUUCUGCCAAAGAGUGCACCUCUCUGUUAGGAGAAACCGCCAGCAAAACUUUUAUGACAAAAGUGAUUGGUCGGUUGUGUUUAGAUGACGUCUUUAACAUUGUAGACAAAGGCAAUGCAAUGUUCAAUAACAACCCAGCAGCACGCGCCUCGGCCGUAGACAUAUGCCUGGUAUUUACCGCACUGCUAACGACCCAUUGUUACAACAAUUUUUCAAUAAUUCUAGGCAGUUUGGUUCGUUGUUCAGCUCUCCCGUACAGGGAACCCAACGGCAGCGUAUUCAGGCACGUGUACUGCGGCCGAGCAGCUUUUGUACUGCGUCACGCCUUUGUGUACACGAUCAAUCAAUCAGCAAAUAAGCCACGCCUCUACGAAAUCGUCAAGAGGGGUUCUUGUUUCCCGUCAUGAUAUUAUUGAAUAUUCAAAUUUGCAUUUACCAGCCCAAACAAAGAUAAUUAAAAGAAUCGAUGCCACAAAUGUACUUUCCAAAACCCCACUUUCACUACUUCGCGGCCUCUUUGUAAAAUGUGUACGUCCAACUCCAAAGGACUGCUAAUUCACACCCCUAUUGUAAAGUGAACUCGCCCGACAAGUGGAAUUUGUUAUUUACAGACACUUUUGAGGGAUCUGUGAGCGAUAAGCCGUCACGGGUACAGCAAGUAGGGUGAAUACGGCUCGCGUUUGCUUGUGUCACACAGCAACAAUCUUAACCAAACUAUUGGUGUCGCGCGAUGAACUUCCUAUGUUCACGAUGUUGGAAAACAUGAUAUUACAUCCCAACCCUUUCGGAUCUCUGAUAUUAGUAGACUUUGGAGACUUCGGAUCCACGUUGGUGUAAUGUUGUUGACACUUUGGUUCCAUCCAUACCAAGCUUGUGGUGUAAGGCCUCCUUCGCGCUGCAUGGCAGCAUAACUUCGUACUAGCAGAGUUAAGAGAAUCAAUACUGCUGGAAACACCGCAAACAUCCGUACAUGUGAUCGCCAAGUGCCGGGAACUUUUCCGAACACGUAGAACCUCCUCUCAGUGGGACAGCUUCCCAAUCCACCCACGAUGAACUUGCACGGGAGAGACACAGGUCCCAGCCCCUUCCCCCCUGUUGUUUUAAUUUGUCUGAUUCUAACUCUGCUGACGAGUUUUCUGUCCGAUGUCGUGGAAGGAAACUAUUCGAAUGGUUUGUGCGAUUGGUCUGGAAGUGGUCUGACGGAGGAUCCCAACAAUCGUCUUGUGAGACAGCUUUAUUUCCAAUGCCCUCGCGGACAUGUCACGUGGAGCUUUCCGACCAGCGCUAUCCGCAUCACCUUUAAAAAAUCCAACUCAGACAGAAACUUCUUAGCAUGUUUCAAAACGUCAGCAUCAAGCAGUGGAGUCAAUAUCUACAGAGAGACACAGCAAAGUUUAAAGUUACUUGUGGUGUUAGAAAGUCUUGAAAAGCCAGGUAUGCUGAAUGAUGGCAAAGAGCAUCGGACGGUUGUGAAUACUGGAGCGAGUGAAAUUCACUGUAUUAGCUCUGAAAAUGGAAAAGCAACUCUGUUUCUUGAGGCCAGUUCAUAUAAUUUAGGAAUUGUUAAACAAGUUAUGGACUUGAACUAUAUAUUGGAACCAUUACCGAGUGAUCAACCAGAAAAAAAAUGGGAAGAUUGCAAACCAUGUAAUGACACGGAAAUCAUGAGAUCCUUCUGUUCCAGUGAUUUUGCUGUCAAGUCCAGCAUGCGUGAUGUAAUGCACGAUAGUAUAUCUCAAGAAGCCUACAUUGACCUCUCAAUUAGUCACGUGUUCAGACAGCGAGAUCACAUAUUCACGCCGGCGUCCCACAGCCGUUACUCCGGUGUCGUCGUCAAACCUUUAAGAUGUGGCGUACAGUGGGGAGAGGGACACUUUUUAAUGAUGGGAAGCCUAGUGCUUGGAGAGGCUCAUCUCGGAUGCUCCCCGAGAUACUCGCAGGCAAGGAGAAUAGCCAUGGACUUAACCGAGAGAGGGCUCAAUGAAUGUGAUAUGGAUGAGAUCAUCCACUUGGGCCAGGACAAGAGACACACAAGACUCUAAUAUGCCAAGGAGAUGGUUUGUUAAUUCAUCAACAAAACUUUCCCAGUUGAGACGAGGCCGACAGACUUUGACUUUCUCAAAGACAGACUUCCAGAGUUAAAACCACAGCAAGCCAGUUUAAAAAGCAGAAUAUAUUGUACAUAUACAUAGAAAAAAAAGUCUGACCAACGUUUCUGCUUGUCUGUCUUUCAUAUGAACUUUACGACUCUCCAUAGAAAGAGUUGAGAAAUAUGGAUUAUAAAUGUAUUAUUAUACUGCAAGGAAAUGAAGAAUGUAUUAACUUGGGUGCCAUUUGGGGAUAAUUUCCUAGACCUGAACCAAAUUUGGCUGCAUUACCUACUAGGUAUCCAUGGUGAAGGUAUAUCCUUCACAGGGCAGCCAAGAAUUCCGGCUCGAGGACACCCUUGCAGGCAGCAUACACACAAUCAAAUCAGACCAUGGCCUCUGUUGCCUUGGUAUUGGCUGCUGUGCCACAUCAAAAGUUUCUCAUAUAGACUUCAAGAUUUUCCAUUUGAAGUGUCCUUUUACAAAAUGAAAAAUGGCCUUGCCCUCUCAAAGUUCAAACCCAGGGCCUGGUAAUUAAAUACCCACUCUGCAAAUAUACAUUUUUUAAAGUGAAUUUCUUGCUACCAUCGGUUUGAGGUGUGAACUUGAGCCCCUCUCACAUAAAAUAUGUGCAACCUAAACCUCAAAAGAAAAAUAUUUCUCUAAAUUUAAUUUCAAAACAGCCGGACAAUUUCUCCACAUUAUUUCUUCUUUUCCUCAGGGAUCUAUGAAAUUCUCCCCAAUAAUUUCUGCACUUUGGGUUUUUGUACAAUAUCCUUACCUUGUACACUCCUAUAGCCAUCAUACAAGCAUACCUCAAUAGUUCAUGUGUUAGUUAACGGUGCUAGUUACUAUCUGCGGCAGUUCAAUACGAAAUCUGUACAAAAUAAUAUACAAAUCAAGUUUAAUGUAAAUUAUGACGGAAAAACAGAUGAAAAUCUGUACCAUUAAUCAGUAUUUUGCUUCUCAGUUUCCUUUAUGGAAGGAUUUGAUUUGGGAAAUAUUUGUGUUUAUAGUUUUUAUUAAAACAUUUUCUCUUUUUUUUUUUGGGGGGGGAGGAUAAACUUUGUGUUCGAUACUUUGCUUUGUGGUCUGCGACAUAACCUUUAUCAUGACAAAGGGAUUUCUGCUGUUUCCAUCAAUCAAAAUUUGAGAUAAUAAUCCUACGCAUUUCACAGCAGACUAUGUAACCUUGUUGAAAAAAGGUGACUUUAAAUGUUCCGUGGUAUUUCAUGGCAGGCAAGAUACUAAACAGUGUUAUUCAGGGUGAGAGACGGGUAAUUCAAAAAUGGCACUCGCCAUACUAUUAAGAAAAUGUGGACAGUUUCUUCGCAUCUCUUGAAAUGUUAAAAUGACAACCUCCUUCUGCAAGAACAAAAUAGGAUUGUGCAUCAACAUUAUUUUCCUCAACCAUACUUAAAGAAAAUAUUGAAAACUGUAUGAUGCCCCCAACAAAGAUGCCCAUUGUGAUUAAAACUUUCACAACACUGAAAUCAAGUGAUAAAUCAGUUGCUAAUUGCUGUUUGUACAAAACAGCAAUGAAAUAAGCUCAAGUAUUAUCAGGUUGUUUCUGUGUACAAAUUCUUCAUAUAUAAUCCCUGCAUUAUCCCUGGUUAUCACUUUCUUUUUUCACUGUAAUAGCGCAUGAGUAUUUCGUAGUGUACACUUACACGCCGUUUUUCUUUAUAGGCCUAAUGUUGUACUUUAUUUUUGGCUUUUGUACACAAUUUGGUGAGGUAACUUAACUAGGUAUGUGUAUGUUACUCAUUGUAUAUUAUAAAUAUAUCAUGUAAUUAAAAAAGUAAAUAAUUUAUCUACAAAUACCUGUAGAUAUGUAAAUGUAUUAUUUGGGUAAUUUAUUCAUGAUUUGUUUGGGGUUUUUGUAUGUAAAGAAUGCAGCUUACAUUUACAACCAAAAGUUGUUGUGGCGGGUCAGAAAGGAAAA